AGUGCAGGAAGUUUUGUAAUCUUAUGGUAAUGGCCUCCGGUUAAAAUCAGUGACAAAAUCAAAAAUGUUUGGGAGGAAAAAGCCCGCAGAUCCCUCCGCAGAAUGGACGAAGACUGGAAGCUUUGUCCACAAGCCUAAAAGAGGAUGGCUUCAUUCUGACAAUUCAUUGAUGGGAGGCGGUGUUUGCUACGCUGUCAAAGUGAGUUGAGUUACAUGUAAAGCUUGUCGUUUCCAGUUGGUACAAUAUAAAGCUGCCUGUUCGUUGCUUACUGUCUUGUGAUUUUAAGCUUAUCUAGGGACUUAAAAAUUUACUAUGCGCAGGAAAUUUACGACUAUGUUACUCUGCAGUCAGAUUACGCCGAGUCUAGAAGUAAAUCAAAUUCAAACGUCAACAAGCGUAUUCAAUUUCGAAGUACUGGCGCGGAAUUCUUUGUCAAGUUAUAAUUAAUGUUGCUUCCUUUGCUAAUGUCAUAUUUUUCCUGAUCAGUAUGUUGGCUGUUUGCAAGUUUUAAAGUCCAUGCGAACUCUUCAGUACGAUAUGCGGCAGCAAGUAACAAGGUAUGGAUUGUACCGUUAUUUCUGAGCUAUGAUGAAGAAAAAUCGCAAAGCGAUUUGCAACGCUCAUAAAUUAGUUGUCAAUUACAUUGGGAGAAGUAUUCUCUCAUUGUGCUAAACUUGUUUUUUUUUUACGCCUAUUUCUGCCGUUUAUUUGAAAGUCGUAGUAUACCCAAGUCACUGAGAAAUAAUUUAAUCAGGGGGGUAAAAAUCUUUCUCAGCUGCCUGCUGUUUGUGAGCACUGAAGUACUCUUGCAAUGAUACAGUUGCCAGAUCCAGUUCAAUAUUUUUACAAAAUUGAGCUGUAAGAGAAAUAUUGCAUGGAGCCUAAAGGAUCUGAACCUGCAAAAUCCAGGGUACCAAUAUGCAGGGCUGUCAUUAGGUUUUUAAGUUGGCAGGUAAGGAAACACAUAGGAAAUUUGUUUGGUUCUAUUUUUCUUCUAUUUUCCUUGGAAACUUAUUGGAAUAGAGGAUAGACGUAUUCCCGAGGAAGUUCUGUAUGGACAGUUGAGGACGGGAGUCAGGAAAGACAUGCGCCCCACUUUGCGGUUCAAGGAGGCAUUGUGAAAUUGAUCCCAACAACUGGGAAGUUGCCGUUGGUGAUGGUGACUGCCAGAGAUGGACAUUGAAAGAGGGAAUCGAGAAAGCAGAUGUGAAGAAGUGGGCUGCAAAAGCAGCUUCACUCUGCCCUCAUCCAACUUCAUUUGCAUCAUGUGUGGUAGAAACUGCCACUCACACAUUGGCCUACACAGCCACACAAGACGUUGCAGUUCCACUACGGAUUAACAAGAGUGGACAAGCUUUGUUGCUUAACUAAUCAUGCAAAUGUCCAAUUACUGCUGAAUUGCUUGUCUUUUUCUUUAAAAGCAUGAUGAGUUUCCAUAGCAACCAUGUGACAUACUAAAAAUUCUUCUCAGUUUAGCUUUAAGUUGCUAUAUUACUCAAAAGAAAUGUUGCUGCCCCCAUGUUAUUAUUAAAUAGAGCUUACCAUGUUAUUAAUGCAUCUUUCUGCAACUGAAAGCAAAAUUGCUCACAGGAAGGAAUUUGCAGCCUUUUUUUCAGUUGUUGAUUAAGAAUUGAAAGUUUAGAAAGUAAAAGCUGGCUGCAUGAGAUAUAUGUUUGUUAACCCAAAUUUUGAUCAUAUUUUACUGAAUAUGAGGGGCUAUUCAGAUGAUACCAGAAUGACUUUCAUUUUGGAACAACUUGCUUGGACUUUGUUCCAGAUUGAAAAUCACAAAUUGUUUAGUCUCGGGCAAGUGGCACAUGCAUAUCUGAUCAGGGAUGAGAAAAAAUGUGUUUGACUGAGACAUUUCAAUUCCAUCAUGUUAAUGCAGUACAAACUUUACUCGAGAACAAAACUCAUUCCAGAAUGAAAGUCAUUUUGGUAUCUUAUAAAGAGCCCCUGAACAUGAGGUGCUGAAAAGUCCAAGCUGUAAAUGAAGCUCUGGAUUUGAAGUCUUGUGUGUGUUUUUUUGUAACUGCAAGUGUUGAGAAGGGCACAGCAAGUAUCCAACCAUAACUCGGCUCACAUGGAAUGAAUGUUCUUUUAUUCAGAUUCAAAAUUUACCACUGUUAUUGUCCUUUGUCACGCUGCAGCCGUUUUGUCUCAGGAAAUUUGAAAAGCUUUGUUUAUGCAUGGCUAGCCUCGUUCUCUCUACGAGACUAGCCGUACCUAAACAAAGCUUUUCAAAUCUCCUAAGACAAAAUGGUCACCGUGUGACAAAGGUCUGUUGGGUUUGCAAAUGCACAAAACACGUUGGUUUUGUGUAGCUCAAUUAUUGGAUUAUAAGUGAUGUAUCUAGGCCCAUUGCAUUAUCAUGGUUUGAAUUCUUGUAAAGUCUAUUUUUUUUUCAUCUCUUUCUUGUGAAUGUGAACACCUUUAAGAUUACUGCUAUGAUUAUAGCCGUAACUCAUUUGAUUAAUAUACGUGUAUGUUUUCUUGUUAAAGGGAAGCCAUAUUACGAUGUUCUGAAGCUGCUGGCUAUCAUUUAGGAAGAAGAAAGAAGGUUAAAGACAAAACUAUGCUUUUUACCUUAGUUUAUCCUAAAGAAAUAAUUAUGAUUUUGAGGUAGCACAUCCACAUAUAAUGGUUAUUAAUCUACCAUUUAUGGUCAAAUUAAUUGAGAUUGGAAUUGGGAUUUUGGAGUGUUGGUUUUUGUAAUAUUAUUAUUAGUGUAUCAAUGUAUUUUGUUACCAUGUCACUUAAUUGUCAUUUUACUCUUGUUUGUAGGCGGCAAAGAACAUACAAAAGCUUUUAGGAGGUAACUGCCUUUUGUGCCUUACUUUAUGACCUGGAAUAAGCACUUGUUCUUUUGUCUAACAAGAACGCUGUCAAGAGUGUUUAGUCUCGCUUGCUUGGAGAUUAGAUAGGAAAUGAGGAGGUGAUUAAUUCUACAUGAAACGGGAUUUCCUCGCUAAAAGUUUUUCACUUUCUUCUUUAUUAAUGGAGAAGUAUUCUUUAGGGUAUUUACUUUUUGCCCCUGCAGGCGAAAUCCCGAGAAGGCACUCUAGUAACUUGCGCGUACAUUAAGGAAAGUACUUACAGUUGACAUAUACAGUCAGUUUGCCAGAAAACAUCAUUUGCAUACAAUGAAAGGUUACAACACCUGACCAGUUUAUAGCCUCACCAUGGACGUUUUCUCUGAAGUAUUCACUUGUUCCAAAGUAAUCAGUUCUUUCAGGGGAUAGAAUUCAUGGAUGACCUGUUCCGGAAAAGCAGGACGUCUUUCGCAUCAAUCUUUCCUAAGCUUUCUUCCCAAAGUAAGCAUGGCACUAGCUGUGACACACUGCGUUUCCACAGGCUCCACUAGGAAUUCCUGGAUGUCUUUUAAAAUGAGCAGAGAAUUUGACAUAUGAGAUGUAAUUCAAGAGCAGUUUGGAUUAAGACGAGGCCGCGAGAAUUGCACCUGUCUUCAGAGAAAUUGAGGACUUUUUAUUGAUCUUGAUUGACGCGACGUGCAAUACUCCACAAAUAAAUUUUUCACAAGAAUACUUUGAUCGACUUUGGAAGCUUCUUGACAAACUUUGCAGUGCAUAAAAUUAUAGGCUCUUGGUUCAGCUUUUGUGGGGGUCAGAAAGCCAAACUGCAUGUGAGGUCUUGGAAGUGUCAAAUAAUUUUAAAAAAAUUCCCUAAAGUUAGUUGUCCAUUGGAGGAGUUUUUGUGUUAUCAUACUUGUCCAAAUGAUGUAAUGGUCGUCUCAGACGACCACUAAUAUGUUCAUGUAUCCCUGAUCCUGUGUGUGGUUUUAAUAGUUUGUUUGAUUAUUAUUUCAUUAGACGUUCCUGGUAUGGGGCAUUCAGGUAUGAGUGUCAACAUGAUGGUAUCGUCAGAAGGCAUCAAGUUAACAAGCAUUGAAAAUGGACGAGUAAUUGCCAAUCAUGACAUGCAAGGAAUUUCAUUUGCCAGUGGUGGGGAAAAGGUACUUGGUACUUUGUAUAAUGUAUUAUUUCAGGGCUCAAGUCAAGUCCUAUUCGGUUAUCUGCCGAGGGUUGUCUGGGCUGGGCACAUAAAUAUCCAAACAGUGGGGCCUCGAUAAAACCAAGGGCCACCGGUGUACCAAAAAAAUGUGUUUAGUAUAAUGAGGUUUACUUAAAUUGAGGUUCUUUUCCAUUUAUUUUAUUGUUAUUGGGGCGAAAAAUAUUGCCCAUUGGGCAAGUUUAUCACACAAUUCACUAGCCCGAUCGCAAAAAUCUAUCAGACAUGACUUUCUUUGCACACUAAUAUAAUAAUUAUGAUAUUUAAUAUUUUUCUUAUAGGACUGUAUUGAUAUGAUAGGAUACGUGGCAAAAGAUUCCAUAAAUGGACGAGGUAUGUGUAAAACUAUGCACCGUAAAAAAUAUAUUGAAUACAGUCAACUCUUGCCAUGCGUGCACCCUGCUGUAGCGCUCACCCUGAUAAUAAUAUGGACAGCAGCUUAAUCCCAGGCAAAAGUAAAUUGAAGACAUUUGACUGGAACAAACUCCUGCUAUAAUGGACUCUCACUACAAUGAGGACACUAACUGGAGGUCUUUACACUGUCUGUUGUAAAGGGAGUUGACUGUAAUUUGAAUUUAACAGUUUGGAUAGUUGUUGGCAUAUGAGAUGUGGUUACAAGAUAAAAGGUGUUCCCACCUGGAGGUUCGGCAAUAAAAUGAAUCCUAUGUCAGCAUUUAUUGAUCAAUAUUAAAGGAGACAGAAGACAACAUGAAUUCAAUAAGGUGUAGAAAAGCAUUAUGAUUCUUAGCUGGAGACAAGUUUUACUUCGAUAAAAAUAUUUCUUAACUUAAAAUGAUCUCAUUCUGUACAUUUUCCCAAAUAAUCUGGUCUGUUUUUUUUUUUUGAAAAAGUCUCCAUUUGAGGUGUAGUUUUUACCUUGUAUGGUGUUUUCUUGCUCAGCGUUCUUCAUCUUGGUGAGAAUCAGUUAAUCUUUGCCUUAAUUCUAUUUUUGUUUUGAACAGCCUGUUUUGUUGUUGACUGUGGUGGCGGACUAGCAUAUGAUGUGAUCAAUACCAUUGGACAGGCAUUUGAGAUUCGUUUUAAAAUGUUUUUACAGAACCCUCCACUUGCCACUGAAGUCCCAGAAAGGUGAGGAGAUAUAUAUGAAAAUGCAUUGUUAAAUAUAUGUGGGCACUGAAAAAUGACAGAUUUAUUUCCUUUUUUCGUACUAUUUUCAGAAUGAAAAUCAGAGCUAGAUGUAUCUUUAAUUUUUUUAUGGGAACUGUAGGGUACUGUAAACCUGUUGAACCAAACUCCCCCAUUGUUUAUUCUGGAUUUACUGUCAGAGCAAUGAACAAGCAACAUUGUGUGACUGCCUGUGUUUAUUUGUUCAGGUUUUCUGAGUCAAUAUUUGACGAGGGAGAAGACCACACUUAUGAAAUGGAGUAUGAACAGCCCAAGAAUGAUGGAUACCAUGUACAGGUGAUUUAAACAAAAUUGCUCUCAGAUCUGAAUUGCAAAAAAUGGUCGUAUAUAAUUCAGGGUUCACAUUUUACUUCUGUGUCCUGAGUUUCCCAACUCAUAAAACUAUGUCAAUAUUGCUGGUUAUAGCACAACAGGCUACUUAGACUAAAUGCAUCGCAAAACAAGGAGGUUGGGAGGGAAAAGCCUUCAGUGUGUGUUUUUCUUUCAUAUCACUUUUGGUAUUGUUAAAUCUUCGAACACGAAAAGCUGUGAUAUUCAUCUUUCAACUUUAGGAUCAUUUGGGUGCUAUGACAGAUACGUUAGCCAGUGCGAAACCACUUAACAUAAUUUUGUUGCCCCAUGUCAAAAUUCAAAAUUAUUUUGGUUGUCGGAGACAAUCAGGCAACUAUUUUAAAGUUACCGGCAGAUUAUUCUAAACCCAGUACGCUAAUGAUUGCUUCUAUGUCUUUGUUUUGGUAAAGAUAAAAAAACUGCCCCCUCCCACUUACAACCCCCCCCACAUUUAUAGGCCAUUUUGCCUGUAAACAAAAAAAUUACAUCCGAUUAAAUAAGUCCCCUGGAUGUAAUGUCCCCUUGUAUUGAAAUGAAUUCGAUUUAUUAUGACCUGAUUUGAAGCCUAAUUUCAAAACCAUGAAUGCAUGACAUAUUUUGAUCAGCACUGCCCUAAUUUGUUUUGAAGUGCUUUUUUUAGUCUCGUUAGCAGCUUCCCUCGGAUAUUAGUUUUUAUUAUAUAGACAUGAGUGUUUUACUGGGAAAUAUACCACUCGUAAAAUUCAUAAAACCUACAUCUGGGACCCGAGUGAUUUAUUUUCCAUAAUCUCACACGUGAGUUUAUCGAUGACGUAAUUUCGGUAAUUUCCUUCUAUUAUUUUAUCGAUGUCUUUUUGUCUAUAUAAUAAAACGAAUAUUACACAGCGGCUUGAAGAUAUGAAUUUUAUUUUCUCGUAGCAAAAACAAUAUUUUACUCACUCGCUGCGCUGUUUCGUAAAAUAUUGUUUUGCCACUCGAAAAUAACAUUCAUAUCUUCGUGCCCCCGUGUAAUAUCCUCUAUAUAAGCCCUCCUAAACACCCUUAAGAAGAUGUAUAAGCUCGGGGCUCCCGACUGUGCGGCAGUUUACGGUAUUCAAUUUACUGCAGCCACCAUCCACAUAUCAAACUGCUAAUGCUAAUCCAGGAGGAUACAUGGCCCUGAGAAGCAAUGCAACAGGUGGCUUUGACACUUAUGACAACCCAAACAAAGCAAGCGUAGGACAUGGUUAUGAUGUCCCCAGGUCAUCCAAGACUUACACUAACAGACAAAUGCCUGCAGGUAGGACAAUCAGAUGGCUUUGAAAGAUAAAAUGUUAGUUGGCCAUGUUUUUUUCAUGGUUAUUAGGAAGAGCAUAGAAUGGAGCACGGAUAGCCAGUUUCAAUGUGAAAACAACUGGCAAGAGAAAAGGAACUUUGACUUUGCUUGUUACAGAGCAAACAAGUGUUAAUGUUUAUGAAAUGUUCUUUGAUGAUUUAGCUUCUCAGUAAAUAUCCUAUAGAUCUGAAAUGUAAAUACAAAUUCAAGCAGACAAGUCUGUUUCUAGUAUUUGAUUGUGGUGCACAUUUAGCCCAGAAAGACCUUUAAAGGAGCUAAAACUUAUUUCCUGCAGAUCAGCACACAUGUAUUUAUAUUUUAUUAACCAUGUACAUGUAUUUAAAAUAUUAUUAUCAUUUUUUAUUGUCAACAUCUUUGACAACAAUAUGUUUAUGCAGGUCUGACUUGUCAAAAUGUGAAUGAAAUCUGUUGGUGCAACCAUUCAAGUGCCUAAACCUGUUAGGAAUACUGCUAAAUGGAGCCAUUACUUUCCAAUAUUUUUCACAUCAGUUCUUUGAAUUUCUUAUCAUUUUGAGUUUUUUCAUUUUACUUUUCCAGGUAUAAGGGAUUACGAUAAUGCAUUAGCGACCUCAGGUGCCUUUGGUAACAGUAAUGGUAUAGCUGGUCAAACUGCCAGUCUUCCAUUUGCCGCUGGCCCGUGCUAUGAAGAUCCUGAUAAAGUAGCAUUUUAUGAGAAUCCUUUGGCAGCUCCAAAGGUUCCUCAAAGAAAUGACAGCUUGGAGAAACAUCCAGGUGACCCGAAAGAUUCAUCACUGUAUGAUAACCCCAAUUCUCCUAUGGAUGAAUCAGGUGCGUGUACAAUUUGUUAAAUUGUCUUAGCUGCUAAUCUCCUGUCCUCUGAAAAUGGCUUUUCUGUGUAUGGACUACCUUCUUCUUGUGCCAAACCAGUACUAUCUUUAAGCAUUAGGACAAGUCCUGCUUGCUCUGGUAAAGUUGCCUAGUGUCGCCUCUUAAUUUAUCUAAAUACGAUUUUCCUAGUAAUGUAACUCCUGGAUCAUGAGGAAGAUUAGAACUUCAGUCAAGAGGGAGGGAAUUCUCCCUAAAGUGGAGCAGCUUUUUUCACUUGAUUGGGAGCUUGAGGACCAAUUGCUGAUUAUUUCUUUCCAGACUUUUCUGUUCCACUUUACUUCAGGCUGCAUGGUUCAUUUCUAAACUUUUUUGCUCUAUUCCUCCAUGUUUAGAAAUUUCGGGAAUUUUUUGAAAGCUCUCUUUAUUGCCAUUCCCAAUGAUCUCUGUCUUUUGUAUUGUGGCUUAAUGUGACUUUUACUUUAUUUUUUCACAUGUCGACACGAAGAAGGAUGGGCAAUGUUUGAUAGAGAGGUACAACCUCCUCCUCCGCCUCCUCCUUCGAUGGCAACAAAUCCUGCCAACCAGGACUACAUGAGCCCACAGCCUACCAAAAAAAAGCCACCACCUAAGCCCAAACCAUAUGCUGCUAGCAGAUCAGUAAAACAGGAACUCCCUGCAGUCAGCGAAAGUAAGAUGUCGGUAUUUUUCUAACUUUAAUUGCGUGAUAUUUAGCGUAUUAUUUGAUGAAUCGAGCUUUUUGAAGUUGACAAAGGCACAGGUUCCAGCUGCCAAACAAGUAUGUCGCCCAAGCAUUAGAUCAAACGUUACAAAAAACAAAAAUGAACUUUGAAAAUUGUUAGGCUAAUAAGUUUUCAAAAACCACAAUAUUGCAAUCCGUUUCAGUCUUCUUCAGGUUUGUCCAUCCGUGUCUCCUUUUUUAUUUGCUGUCUUGUAUAUACCUUCUUGAAAUGAUUUGAGCUGUUAUUUUUACGUUUCACUCAGUUUUAUGGAAGUUCCGACUGUUUUAUUUUCGUGAUACAGCUCCUUUAAGCAUGCAAUUUUUGGAGGGUGGUGGGCAGUGGGUUGACAGCGAAUUGGUAGGAGAAAAGGACAUUUUCAGUAGAAAAAUAAUUGGCAUUCAAUUUCCGCGAACUAUAGCAAGAACGGUGGAGCUGUGAGAGAUUUUGCACGAAAUUUGGUCUUUCUUGUAGUCUAGAGAUCAUGUUAAAUUCAUUUGUUUUUAGCCACAGCCCAGGAACCCAUUCCUUUGGAGGUGGAGGUUUGGUACCAUGGUCCCAUGUCCCGCGCUGAAGCCGAGUUGCUGUUGGAAGACGAAGGCGACUUCUUAGUGAGAGAGAGCAAGUCAAAGGCUGGACAGUAUGUCCUGUCUGGAGUUCAAAACAGCCAACCCCGGCAUUUAUUGUUGGUUGACCCACAGGGCAAGGUACUGUGAUAUUCUCCUUUACAGUGAAAUAAAUAUUUGUGUAUUAACCGCGUUAGCCUGCGAGCAAGCUUUCCCGAGCGCUGUGGCGGCGGGGUGUUCCCUCUUCCCUACCCCAGCCCCCGUAUCCCCUGACGAGCUUGCCCCAGGCUUAAACCGUGAACAGUCCCAUGAUCUGCUCCUGUUGAUAGUGUGUUCGUCAACACUGUUUAUUUAAACGAAAUUUAAAGCUCCUUUUUCUUGAGUUACUACAAACUGAGACUGUUCUGCGGACCAUUCCAGCCGGAAUCGAACAGUGAAUGAUGUUUUUGCAAAGUAAAUGGCGAAAUCUGAAAACGAAAUAAUGUUUAAGACGUGAUGAAUAGUUGUUUUAUAUCAGCAUAUCUAUUAGACAGGUUACUUUGAACCCCGUUUAAAUCCUCUCUUAUCGAGGAGAAACGGAUGUUUUCGCAGGCUAGAAAAUUGUUGGUUUACAUGUAAUAGUUUCGUUAAAAAAAAAAAAUUCAAAUACCUGUUUGUGAAACCCAUCUUCACCUAAUUUUCAGGUCCGUACCAAAGAUCGGGAGUUUUCAAGUGUUCAAGAGCUUGUUGAGUACCACCUAAAGAACAGUUUACCCAUCAUCUCUUCUGGCAGCCAAGUCACAAUAUCCAACCCAGUUCUCAAACAUUAAUGCAGCUACAGUGAAUUACUCUAAGUGUGGCAGUUUUUGAUAGGAAAACUAUAAUCGAAGCUAGAAGAGGAACUUAUCUUUCUUGUUAGAGUCUAGUCUUCAGUGAGACCAGUCUACAUAUGCAUGAGUUGAAGUCAUUGAGGAUGAGUGUAGUUUGCACAGAAGUCGUUGCUGGGACGCUUUUAAGGCAGGCCUCAAGGUACAAGCACGACGCGCGGCGCGCGAGGAAGGAAGGAAAGAAUAAAUAAUUUCUCUUCUGCUUUCUCUCGCGUGUCUCGCUCUCCGCGCGCACGCGCUAACCCCCCCCCCCCCGGAGCGCCCCCAAUGACCCCUUUACACAGCUAAUGUAAAUGGUAACAUCUUUAAUGUCUUUAAUGCCAUGUUUUAGUGGUAGCAUAUCAUCAAGUAUUAUUUUAUAUCGUUAAAGUGAUUUUUCAUUGAGAGUUAAGGAAAGUGAUUACCAUGGUAACGACGUUUACAAGAGAUGUAGAAACUCCGAGUGGAUCAAUCAGAACUCGAAUCCGAUGUACAAGGCUGGCAAAAAGCGCGGGAAAAUUAUGCGGCGUCUGUUACAAGCCGUCACUGGUUUCAGUCUUUUGGUUCAUUUCAAAACGUGAUGCAACAGUUUUUUUAGCCAGUCACAAAUCGUUCAAGUAUAAUUUUCCGUGAAACAGCAGCUUACAGCUGAUGCCAAACAGCUUCAAGUAAACAAAAGAAGACAAUGGAAUUAGUACAUAAUAGAGCCGAGUAAUUUACUACUUUUUUCACGGGUUAAGUAAGAUCCCUCUGACGCUUUUGUCCUUCAUUUUGUAUAUAUAUUGAUAUUGUUAUUAGCAUCAAUGACAUGCACCCUAGGUAAGGGGAGAACCAGUGCUUACAACAACUGGCUGGAUUAAAUAUUUGUUGUGGUUGUUUCUGCUGGCCGCCCCCCCCCCCCCCCCCAUCUCCCCUUUUCGGGC